AACAUCUAUGAGAGACACAGGGCAAAAUGUUCUGCCAGAGUUAUUUCAGUGUUUUCGUUUCAUGCAUGCUCCUCAUGAUCAUCCAGCCAGGUGGUGGGUCUGAGAUUAUUGGAGGGGAAGAAGUCGAGCCACACUCAUUGCCUUUCGUGGCCUAUGUGGAAAGCAAAAAAUUUUUUUGUGGAGGGACGUUAAUCCAUCCACAAUGGGUCCUGACAGCUGCACACUGCAAAGAUAUGAGUAAGGUGACCCUGGGAGCACACUCGAUCAAGAAAAAAGAAAAAGCUUCUAAGCAGGUCCAAAAGGUUGAUAAACGUUUUCCUCAUCCUGACUAUUACCAGGGAUCCAGGGAGAAUGACCUCAUGUUGCUCAAGUUGAAGAAACCAGUAAAGCAAACCAAGACAGUACAAUGUCUCCAGUUAGCCAAAGUUGUCAAGGACCCUCCAGCUGGAAGCAAGUGUCUGGUGGCUGGAUGGGGAAAAACUGAAAACAACAAAAUAUCAGAUGUUCUCCUGUCUGUCAAUGUGACUGUGGUCAGUAGACAGACAUGCAACUCUCGUGAUUAUUACAACCACAACCCAGUUAUCACCAGUGACAUGAUAUGUGCUGGUUCAAAUGGUGAAAAAAAGGCUGAUACCUGUCAAGGGGAUUCAGGAGGACCUUUCGUGUGCGAUGGAGUGCUGGUUGGAGUCACUUCUUUUGGAAGAGAUUGUGGUAGCAUUAAAAAACCUGGAGUCUACUCGUUUCUCUCAGAGAAACGCCUCAAGUGGAUCAAAAAAACAAUGCAAUCCUCAGAAAUCUUAUGAACCCACAGGUGUCAAUCCAUACAAGCUGAGCAAGAAGGAAAUCUUUUCUUUGAUAUUAAAUGUCCAUGCCUUUAAUGUAGACUGCUUACUUGACCAUUAUCCAUUUUAUCAUUUCAUAUUCUAUUUUCUGAUAUUUCAGUUUCUGUUAGCUUGAUGAAUUUUUUUUUUAGCUAUGACAAAUAUUUUUUUUCUUGAACAAGCUCUGUUGUUUAUUUUUCAUUCCAUCUAUUUCUGCUUAAAACCCCCUAUAAGAUACUUGUAUAAACAUUCUACUUUAUAAUAAACCUAGAGGCAAUAA